CUGGAUGUCAUGAACAAUCACUUUGAUUUUGAACCAAACCUUCAAGCGAUCGAUUUUCGUCUUCAUAAAUCAUAAAUAUCUCCAAUUCUCACAUUUCUCUGGUUCAAUUGAAUCCACUGGAAGCUCCGCCAGUCCGCGGCAAUGGACAUUUGCUCCAAUGUGCUUGGAUUCUCUCGGUUUCUUUCCCCUUCUGCUGUUCGAGCUUCAGCCUAUCGUCGGCCCAUUUUCGCACGAAGCUCCAGCAGUACUCAAGAACCCACUCUCACUACCUCCAUAUCUCUCAACAACAGAAAUGGCUUCUCAGGGAAGGCAGAGGCGGAUGUUGUAGUAAUUGGGAGUGGCAUUGGGGGGCUUUGCUGUGCAGGUCUGUUAGCUAGAUAUGGACAAGAUGUUCUUGUAUUAGAGAGCCAUGAUUUGCCUGGAGGUGCUGCUCAUUCAUUUGAGAUUAAGGGCUACAAAUUCGACUCUGGUCCCUCGUUGUUUUCUGGGUUUCAAUCUCGUGGUCCUCAAGCAAAUCCACUUGCUCAAGUUUUAGAUGCACUUGGUGAGUCACUUCCUUGUGUCAAUUAUGAUUCAUGGAUGGUCUACAUACCUGAAGGAGAGUUCUUGUCACGCAUUGGCCCCACAGAGUUUUUCAAGGAUCUUGAGACGUAUGCAAGUCCAAAUGCUGUUCAAGAAUGGCAGAAACUAUUAGAAACCAUACUUCCAUUGUCUGCUGCAGCAAUGGCUCUACCACCGCUAUCAAUUCGAGGCAAUUGGGGAGUUCUUUCAACAGCUGCAGCAAGAUAUGCUCCUUCUCUCUUGAAAUCCUUCAUUCAGAUGGGACCUCAGGGUAUUCUUGGUUCGACCAAGCUUCUCAGACCAUUCUCAGAAAUCAUCGACUCGUUGGAACUUAACGACCCUUUCAUUCGAAAUUGGUUGGAUCUGUUGGCUUUCUUACUUGCUGGAGUAAAAACAAAUGGCAUAUUAUCAGCAGAGAUGAUUUAUAUGUUUGCAGAAUGGUAUAAGCCAGGUUCCUGUCUCGAAUAUCCUCUUCAUGGAAGUGGGGCAGUUGUUAACGCCCUUGUUCAAGGCCUGCAAAAAUUUGGAGGGCGUAUCUCUCUUGGAAGUCAUGUUCAGAACAUUAUAGUCGAGAACGAUCGAGCCGUUGGGGUCAAGCUAAAGAGCGGUCAAUUUAUACGUGCAAAGAAGGCUGUUGUGAGCAAUGCAUCCAUGUGGGAUACACUGGCCUUGUUACCUGAAAGUGUUGUUCCUAAAUCAUAUCGUGAUGGUGUAAAUGCAAUGCCACAAUGUGAAUCGUUUAUGCAUCUUCACUUAGGCUUUGACGCAGAGGGUAUUCGUGAAGACCUGGGAAUUCAUCAUAUAGUUGUAAACGAUUGGGAUAGAGGAGUGGAUGCAGAUCAAAACGUGGUUUUGAUAUCUGUACCAAGCGUUCUUAGUCCAGAUCUAGCACCCCCUGGAAAACAUGUGUUACAUGCAUACACACCAGGAACAGAACCAUAUACUCUUUGGGAAGGACUUGACCGUAGGAGCUCUGAGUACAAAAAUCUCAAGGCUCAAAGAUCUGAGGUGAUGUGGAGGGCAGUUGAGAGAGCCCUUGGGCCAGGUUUCAAGAGAGAAAAGUGUGAGGUGAAGUUGGUGGGAAGUCCAUUGACGCAUCAAAGGUUUCUUAGGAGGAACAGAGGAACAUAUGGGCCAGCAAUUGAAGCAGGGAAAGCCACAUUUCCUGGGCAUUCGACUCCCAUCCCUCAGCUUUACUGCUGUGGGGAUUCUACUUUCCCUGGCAUUGGAGUCCCUGCAGUGGCAGCCAGUGGUGCCAUUGUUGCCAAUUCUUUGGUCUCUACUUCCCAACACUCUCAGCUUCUUGAUGCAAUUGGAAUCUGAUUUCAUUUUGACAUCUUUUUCAUUCCCUUAUCCUGCACUUACCAUCUUCUGUAAAUUUGUAUUAUAACAAUUGGAUUAGAUAUAAAGUUUUAUUCUCUGUGUUUGGUCA